GAUGCUUCAUUCACACUUGGGUAACUUGUUCUUCACAGUCUCUCCAAAUCUCUCUCCACAUCUGCCACCAUGACUCGCUAUUUCUGCUGUGGAAACUAUUUCCCAGGUUACCCUUGCUAUGGAACCAACUUCCACGGGACCUACAGAGCCACUCCCCUGAACUGUGUUGUGCCUCUGGGUUCUCCCCUGAACCAUGGCUGUGGAACCAUCUAUAGCUCCCGUAACUUCUGUUAUGGCGGCAUUAGUAACUACCAAAAUCCAGGCUGUUGCUAUGGCAGCAGCCUCUACAGGCCAUGGGGCUCUGGCUCUGGCUUCGGCUACAGCACCUACUGAUGGACCAAUGACUCUGAAGACUACAGGACCCUCAACCAGUUAUCUUCAUAAGGAACAACCUGAAAAACAAUGUCUGUUGUCCAGCCUCCCAUGUGCUUGGAAGAUACAGACAACUUACAAUGAUAUGGCUCUUCAGUGAUGCUGAACAUGAUUCCAGUGCCACACUGAAACUCAUCUACAGCUAAAGAAAGCAAGACAAAGCUUUUUACAAAAGACUGAAAUCUAGCAGUGCAGGAGGCAGCUUACCUCCCAGGCUGUUCUGCUCAUAUAUUAAACUGCAUCAACCUAAACGUAUUUCUAAUUGGAGUGUUUGGGCAGGGUUUUACUGUUAGUCUCUCAAUAAAUCUAUUUCAUUCAGCAUGCA